UGGUGCCUGUAUGUAAAUGCAAGUUUUCAACUUCAUCUGUGUCUAUCUCUUGAUUCCCGCGAUCAGUCAAGUUCAACUCUUCUGAAAUUUACUCUAUGGUACUCAGUCCAUCUUCCCUCAAAUUUUUGUGGCGAUUGAUGCUGUAGUGGGCGCGUUCUUGUGCUUGGUCGCUUUGGCGGGUGCACAGCAGGGGUGGUUGCGCCGCGUAGAUACGAGUCUCACAUUUUUUUAGGGGAGGGGCUGCGUGUUGCGCCGACAAGUUUGAAGCCUACAGUGGACGGAAUUUGCCAAAUCUUGGUUCCCUAGAUAGCUACUGGCAUAGUCUACUGCUGUAAGCCUUUAGCCUUCGGUGGAUGUACGCCAGUCGCGCUGCUAAUCUGUGUAAAACGAUAUUUUUUGUUCCUCCGCUUACUUUUUUUUUUUUCUGUCGUGCAGCACUGAAAAGCGUACCCCUGUCGGGCCACACUUUUUCAAAAAAAAACUAUUGUGCAUACUAGAUCGGGAGGUGGAAUAGUUUUUUGUGGUGGUUGCACAAAAGUACCUGCAGUAGGCUCGUGCGUAGUCGCGCUGCUAAUCUGUGUAAAACGAUAUUUUUUGUUCCUCCGCUUACUUUUUUUUUUUUGUGUCGUGCAGCACUGGGUAUAUAACAAAAAAAAUUGCAGCACAGGACCUCCCCGGCCGGGGGCCCCUACCGUACAUCCUACGUACGUACCAGGAAGCCGACCGACCCCGACCCUCCCCGGGGGGGCGUUUAAUCACCAGCGCUGGCGAGAUUUUCGGGCAACAAGUUCAGUUGCGCCGCACUCACUUGCACAGCAGCUCCGCACCACAGCACUGCAACACAAACCUAUCCAGAUCCACGCUCCCCAUGGAGAAAUUUGAGAUUCCAGUGGUGGAUCUCUCGGGAUGGGUAGGGGGCGCGCAAGGCAAUGGGGAUGACUGCCGCAAGUUGGCAGAAGCGCUUCAUGCGUUUGGAGUUGUCCUCGUCCGAGACCCGAGGGUAUCUGAGGUAGACAACAAUCAGUUUCUCGACCAGAUGGAGAAGUACUACGCCCAGAGCGACGGUGUCAAGGAUGCAAGGCCAGAGUUUUCCUACCAAGUUGGCGUUACACCUGAGGGCACGGAACGGCCACGCGCGCAUUGCGAGCGCAUCAGUCAGUUGCCGGACGGACAUCGACCGUUGACUCUGUGUCCCCCUGAGGCCGACCCAAAAUGGCGGUUCUUCUGGACGAUAGGUCCGCGGCCCGCCGUGACAAAAUACCAGCAGCUCAACCCCCCGCCCGUCGUGCCAGAAGGCUUCGAGAAUUGGUCUACGAUCAUGGACGCGUGGGGAAACAAGAUGAUUGGCGCGCUGGAGACAGUCUCGCGGCUAUGCGCUAUUGGUCUCGGGCUAGACGAGGAAGCUAUUUCAACUCUCAUGCACGAGGGCCCGCAUCUCCUGGCCCCCACUGGCUCGAACUUCGACAAGUUCAAUUCAGCGGGCACUGUCCUAGCAGGCUACCACUACGACUUCAACCUGUUGACCAUUCACGGGAAGAGCCGAUAUCCGGGUCUCAGCGUUUGGCUGCGAGAUGGCAGAAAAAUGCCAGUUUCAGUGCCUGACGGGUGUCUUUUGGUCCAGGCCGGAAAACAGCUCGAACGACUCACCGGUGGACACGUGCUGGCUGGUUUUCAUGAGGUGGCGGUCUCGGAGGCGACCAUUGAGACUAUGCGGAAGAGGAAACAAGCGGGGCAGUCUCUGUGGAGAAUCUCAAGUACCUGUUUCGGGCACGUCGCAUCCGAUCAGGUUCUUCGCCCGCUCGGGAAGUUCGCCACGGAAGAGGCUCUCGCCGAGUACCCCUCCAUCACGGCCGGGGACAUGAUGCAGGAGGAGCUCAAGGCGAUCAAUCUAGCUGCUUGAUGCAAUCAACGCGUACGUCGCUCUAAAAACUUGGAGUGCUUUAGCGCACGCGUGCCCACAGGAACACCCAGGUGGAUGUUGAUGCUGGUUUUGUCGGGGGGUGGAUGUACCCUGAUGUUACCCUCGCACAUGGCAAACGCAGCUUGGUCGGAUGCAUGUGUGCUGUGCUCCAAGUUGAAUUUGAUGGUAGGAAAAAGAUCCUGCUCCUACUAAGGUACGUUCUACAAGGUAUGGCCUAGUUGCGUUCGGUACUGCCUGGCUGGCACAUAACAUGGCUUCCACUACUCUUGACAGCUGACCGGACCGGGCCGAAAGGCCCACGGCAACAAAUAUGAAGCUACCGUCAUACGCCGUGUAUAAGGUCGCGGAUGAUGUCAGCUGAUACCGCUGCCGGCAGAUUCCACCUCUGCCCCGUCUUCGCGAUGCGGCUGUUGAUCAAAUUGCUCGCCCGUGAUGCCUUCAUGCAGCGGUCCAGGCGCAGGGCUCCCCCAACCCCUUCGUCGUCGAGGGAUGCCACCUCUCGAUGACCCUUUCCUUAGAGGCUCCUGAGACCGAAUUUACACGGUUCAAAUCGGUCUUUCGGGUUUCUAUUCUCCGCGUGCACACACACGGACUAAAACAACUGGUGUGGCAACGCCAUGUGGACAACAUCCGGACGUAUUGCAGUGUUUACGCCAUCGGCAACGGGUGUUUCUGCGUGAAGAGAAAAUUGGU